GACGACAUUCAAUACCACUUCAAAAUUGUCCCCUCCUCUCUCUCUCUCUCUCUCUCUCACACACACACACACAGAGAUAUGUAUUUAUGUAUGUACAUAUACACAUUAUUUAUAUCUGAUAUUUAAUGUAAGGAGGUUAGAGGAUGAAGAACGAAGACGACAAACAAAUAAAUGCAAGAAUUGAACCAAGUCAAGGUCUUCGCGAAUUGGUUCUUCAUCUUCUUUGAUAUUUCCGUAUAAUAUUUGCGUUUGCAAAUAUUUUUUUCCCCUGGACACUCAUAUAUAUGAUUAAAAAUUCCAUCUGGGUGUUUUUAUUUUGGGCCUAAAGUUACUUCUUCAAUUGCAGUUCCUUGUUUGUGUCAUUCUCUCUUCUCUCUCUCUCUCUCUCUCAUCCUGUGUUUCAAUCCAAGGCUGAAUCAAACAAGCACAAACAAAAAUUACCCAAAUCUCAGUCGCUUCUAAACUGUUUUUUUUUUGUUUUUGAUUUUUCUGUGUGUCAAGCAAUCUGCUCAUAUAGAACACCUACUUUGAAUUUGAAGGUGGUCCAAAAAUGGAGGGUAAAAGCUUUUCAGAGGUGGUUUCAGAGCUACAAUCAUCGGCGGAGGAGGUUAUUUCUCUGGCAAGAGAUUCCGAAACAAGAACAGGGGUGUUAAUAGAAUUUUCGAUCCUUGUUGAAAAAUUAAGUCAACUGCUCAGUGAAUUCAGGGACAUCAAGCUCAUAGACACACCUCCAAAUCGAAAAGCAAUGAAUUCCCUUGAAACAGAACUCCAACGUGCCAAGGCCUUGAUACGAAGCUCCAAUUUUAGAUCAUCACCAUUGAAGCAUGUCGAAGAUUUGACCCAAAAUUUGGGAAGAUCUUUGGGCCUUCUGCUCUUUGCUAGUCACGAUUUGUCGAUUUCUAACAAAGAAAAGAUCGAGGAAUUGCGGAAAGAAAUGAUGAACGCGAGGUUUAGUGAGGUUGAAACAGAGGAAGAAACAGCGGAAACAGAGGAGGAAACAGAGGAUGAAACAGAGGAGGAUGAAACAGAGGGGGAGACAGUAGGGGAGAUAAUAGAGGAGAAAGUAGGGGAGAUAGUAGAGGAGAAGAUUACUUUGAAUAGUGAUGAUAUUGUUCUGAAGCUUAAGUAUGGUAAUGAUGAAGAACUUAGAUGCGCGUUAUCGGGGUUCAAUAUGUUAUUUAGGGAUAAUAUGAUCACAAAUGAAUGGAUUGAUAAUGAAGGGAUUGUCGCGGUUUUGUUUAAUCGAUUGGCUUCAAGUAAGCCUAACAAUAGGUUGAUUAUAAUUCAAAUACUCAGAAGCCUUGUUACAAACAAUGAGGAAAAUAAGGGAAAAAUGGCAGAUAUUGGAUAUUUAACGCCGUUGGUAAAGUCAUUAGCACGGGAUGUGGAUGAGCAAAGGGAGUCGGUGGGGUUGUUGUCGACUCUCUCAGAUGUCUCCGCAAUUAGGAGGAGGAUCGGAAGAAUUCAAGGGUGUAUAGUUAUGUUGGUGGCGAUUCUCAAUGGAGGUGAUCAAGUGGCUUCACAUGAUGCAAGGAAGUUGUUGAAUGCUUUGUCAAGCAAUACUCAAAAUGCUCUUCAUAUGGCAGAGGCUGGUUACUUCAAGCCACUUGUACAGUACCUUAAGGAAGGUUCUGACAUGGGUAAGAUUCUCAUGGCAACUGCACUUUCAAGGAUGGAGCUAACAGAUCAAAGUAGAGCUUCCCUUGGAGAAGAUGGGGCAAUUGAACCUCUUGUCAAAAUGUUCAACACUGGGAAGCUUGAAUCCAAAUUAUCUUCUUUAAAUGCGUUGCAAAAUUUAUCCAACUUGAGAGAGAACACCCAACAAUUGGCUAGUUCAGGCAUUGUAGUUUCUCUGCUUCAGCUCCUUUUUUCUGUGACAUCUGUGCUCAUGACUCUCCGGGAACCAGCCUCUGCCAUUCUUGCCAAGAUAGCUGAGUCUGAGUCUGUCCUCGUUAACCAAGAUGUGGCUCAGCAAAUGCUCUCACUUCUCAAUCUGUCAAGUCCAGUAAUCCAGUUUCACCUCUUACAAGUACUAAAUAGCAUUGCAGCCCACUCUGCUGCAUCAAUAGUCAGAAGAAAAAUGAAAGAAAAUGGUGCAAUUCAGCUUCUCCUACCAUUCCUAGCAGAAAAUAGAACUAAUAUUAGGACUGGUGCCUUAAAUGUAAUUUACACUCUCUCUAAAGAUCUACAAGGAGACCUGACAGAACAAUUAGGAGAAAACAAUCUGAAUUUGAUUGCGAGUAUUAUUUCAUCAUCAGCAUCUGAGAGUGAAAAGGCUGCUGCUGUUGGAAUCCUGAGCAACAUUCCGAUAAGCGAUAAGAAGGCCACAGAUAUACUUAAGAAGGCUAAUUUAGUGCCUCUUCUGGUCUCUAUCAUGAGUUCUAGCCCUGCAACUUCAACAUCUACCACAGUAUGGAUGGCUGAGAGCAUUGCAGCUAUAUUCGUUCGAUUUACAGUUUCUUCUGAUAAAAAACUGCAACUUUACUCUACUGAACAUGGGGUGAUUCAGGUGCUUGUGAAAUUACUCUCGAAUGGAUCCCCAAUUGCUAGGUCUAGAGCUGCAACAUCACUAGCUCAAUUGUCACAGAACACAUUGUCCCUUAGAAAAUCAAAAACACCAAGGUGGUUGUGUGUUUCUCCUUCUGUUGAUGGAUUUUGUGAAGUCCACGACGGUUACUGUCAUGUCAAAACCACAUUUUGCUUAAUCAAGACAGGUGUUGUUUCUCCAUUGAUCAAAAUUUUGGAAGGUAACGAGAGGGAAACCGAUGAAGCUGUUCUUGGUGCCCUUGCUACCCUUUUGCAGGAUGAAAUUUGGGAAAAUGGAAGUAAUUACAUGGCCAAAAAGUCAGGUGUUCAAGCCAUUUUGAGAGUUCUGGAAUUGGGGAAUGUAAAGGCUCAAGAGAAAACACUGUGGAUGUUGGAAAGGAUUUUUAGAGUUGAAGAUCAUAGAGUAGAAUAUGGUGAAUCAGCUCAGGUCCUGCUCAUUGAUCUUGCACAGAAGGGUGAUCCUCAUUUGAAAUCGAAAACUGCAAAGUUAUUGGCACAACUCGAGCUCUUGCAGCUUCAAUCCAGUUACUUUUGAUAGUUUUUCACAUCGAGUAAGCAAGAUUUUUCAACCAUAUUUUGUGUAUUAUGUCAUAUCAAAUUGUUUUGUCAAUCAUUUAUGAUUUAUAUCUUCUGGUUCAGCUUUGUAUUGAGGGCUAAUAAGAGCAUGCAAGACAAUUUUGCGUAUGGAUGUAAAUAGAAGCAAUGAAAUUGAGGAUGCACUUGAAUUAGUUUUGAUA